AUGAGGCCGUGGGUGGCCGUGGUGGCCUUGUGGCUGGUGCUGAGGGCGGUAGCCCGGCAGUUGCCCGCCUUACCCAGCAUCACGGAUAAGGCGUUCAUCGAGGACUGUGUGCGUGUACACAACGGCCUCCGCAGCAAAGUCCAGCCGCCUGCCCGCAACAUGCAGGAAAUGACUUGGGAUGCAGCUUUGUCAAGGACUGCAAGGGCAUGGGCAAAUAAAUGCAUUUUUGAACAUAACAUAUACUUAAGUAAGAAACAUCAGUGCCAUCCUAAUUUCGCAUCUGUUGGAGAGAAUAUUUGGUUUGGAAGUUGUCAAGCAUUCUAUGUUGUUUGGGACUAUUCAUAUAAAAUAGGCUGUGCAGUUACUCUGUGUAAGGAAGUUGCAGGAAUACGAAAUGCAGCAAAUUUUAUUUGCAACUAUUCACCAAGUGGUAAUCUUCCAAGGAGACCAUAUAUAGAAGGAAAAUCAUGCAGUAAUUGUGCAAAAGGGGACACCUGUGGAAAUAAACUGUGUAAUUACUCAGGAUGACACCCCCGUUGGGAGUUCAGAAUUGUGUGCAAUGAAGCGUGCAUCGCAGUUGCAGUUUUGAGACCAUUGCUGAUGUUUCUUGCCUUUGUAGCUGUUUAUUUUAUAAAAAAACGCUUUACAAACAUGCAUAUGUCCACCUAAUUUGAUUUGAAAUACAUACUAUCUUCUGAAGAUACUUGAUAAUGAAUUAAGCAAAAAGGUAAUACUGACAUGACUUUAAAGACAACUUUUGUUGACAAUGAUUCUGUUGCUAUUAUUUUGUCCUCCUUAGAGAAAGCUAACAUGCCAAAGAGAGUGAAAUUAUAUGUGGGUAAAACCCAUAUUGAGAAAAUACUAAGCUAAAGAUAGUAUCCGGUAAGGUUUGGAGCCUUAUUUUUAAAUACCAAAUUUCUCAAAACAGUGACAUACUCUAUUCCUGGAAUUCAAGGAGAGAAGUAUGUCUUAAUUAAACAACUGUUACAAUUCAUACUAAACCAAUAUUUGAAAUAACAAUUGCUUAGUUUUGAUGCUGAGAGAAAGCUAGCGUAUUAUGUACUCAGUCCGGUUUCCUAGAGUGAUAGAAUGUUCUGAAUAAAAUGUAUAAAGUAAGGAAGAUUUUAUAGAAAGAUGAUUCUUCAGUAGUCUGCAUGUUGGUGAAGUUAGUGCAACUUGGUAUUUAUAAGCUAAUGCAUUUAUUG